AUGCGGCCGCCCGGCGAGCGUGCGCCGGUGACGACGACGGAGAGCUCAAAGCCCGAAGAGCUCAAGCGGAGCAGCGGCAGCAGCGGGGGCGGCGGGAGCGGCGACGCGGCGACGUCGGCGGCGCAGCUGGUGGCCGAGAUCGUGGCCUCCCCCAUAUUCUACCUCGUGGCAGGCCUGGUGGCCAUCAAGCUGGUAGCUUCGACAGGGGAGCAGUCGCUCAGCAUCUUCUUGUUCGCGGCCGCGCCCAUCACCCUGCUGACGCUGCUUUCCAAGAGCAGCCUCGGCCAGCAGGUGCAGGCGUCGCUAAAUGAGAAGCUGCCGCAGCUUGAGGCAGAGGCAGAGGCGAUCAGGCAGCAGCACGCAGCAGAGGCGCGGCGUCAGAGCUCCUGGUUCGGCGCUGGCCGCCCGCAGCUGCCGGCCGCGCUGGGGGGGCGGCAGCCGCACCUGACUGGGGCGGUGGCGGGGGACUACGGGUUCGACCCCCUGGGGCUGUCCCGGGAGCCAGAGGCGUUCGGCCGCAGUUUUGAGGCCGAGCUGCUGCAUGCCAGGUGGGCUAUGCUGGGAGCCGUAGGGGCGCUGGUCCCCGAGGCUCUCAGCAUGGCGGGGGUAGAGCUGGGGGAGCCCGUCUGGUGGAAGGUGGGCGCGUCCAAGCUCAACUCUGACCAGACUCUCAACUGGGGCGGCAUCGAGGGGUUCCGCAUCGCAGGAAAGCAGGGCAUUGGCAUCAUCGCGGCCUGCCAGGCGGUGCUCAUGGGUGGCCCUGAGUACGCGCGCUACGUGGGCAUCAAGUCCCUCGAGCCCGUCGGCGUCUUCCUGCCCGGCUGCCCCGACAUAAAUUACCCGGGCGGCGCGCCCUUCGACCCCCUGGGCUUCUCGAAGGACGCCCCUGGCUAUGUGGACCAGCAGGUGAAGGAGAUCAAGAACGGCCGCAUCGCCAUGGUGGCAUUCCUGGGAUAUUUUGCUCAGGCCGCCGCCACGCGCCAGGGGCCGCUGCAGAACCUGAUAGACCACCUGAGGGACCCGGUACACAACAACAUCGUCACCACCCUCCUGGGCAAGUGA